CUGGUUAUAUGUUGCUCUGUCUGUGUUACUGGUUAUAUGUUGCUCUGUCUGUGUUACUGGUUAUAUGUUGCUCUGUCUGUGUUACUGGUUAUAUGUUGCUCUGUCUGUGCUUAUUGUCUGUCUGUAUUGUUAUUGGAUUUGUUUUUAAUAACCUUCCCAGGGACUCUGGUUGAAAAUGAUCCAGCUGGCUAAAACCAUCACCUUUACAGAAAUGUUGAUAAAUGUGUACUGUUCCUGUAAAAAAUAAAACUUAAGAAUAAUAAUUAAAAGGACUGGGUAAUGUACAGAAUAUCAAGGUCCAGAGUGUAUAACUGGGUAAUGUACAUGUUGAGGUUCAGAGUGUAUAACUGGGUAAUGUACAUGUUGAGGUUCAGAGUGUAUAACUGGGUAAUGUACAUGUUGAGGUCCAGAGUGUAUAACUGGGUAAUGUACAUGUUGAGGUUCAGAGUGUAUAACUGGGUAAUGUACAUGUUGAGGUUCAGAGUGUAUAACUGGGUAAUGUACAUGUUGAGGUUCAGAGUGUAUAACUGGGUAAUGUACAUGUUGAGGUUCAGAGUGUAUAACUGGGUAAUGUACAUGUUGAGGUUCAGAGUGUAUAACUGGGUAAUGUACAUGUUGAGGUUCAGAGUGUAUAACUGGGUAAUGUACAUGUUGAGGUCCAGAGUGUAUAACUGGGUAAUGUACAUGUUGAGGUUCAGAGUGUAUAACUGGGUAAUGUACAUGUUGAGGUUCAGAGUGUAUAACUGGGUAAUGUACAUGUUGAGGUUCAGAGUGUAUAACUGGGUAAUGUAUAGAAUAUCAAGGUUCAGAGUGUAUAACUGGGUAAUGUACAUGUUGAGGUCCAGAGUGUAUAAAUGGGUAAUGUACAUGUUGAGGUCCAGAGUGUAUAACUGGGUAAUGUACAUGUUGAGGUUCAGAGUGUAUAACUGGGUAAUGUACAUGUUGAGGUCCAGUGUGUAUAACUGGGUAAUGUAUAGAAUAUCAAGGUUCAGAGUGUAUAACUGGGUAAUGUACAUGUUGAGGUCCAGAGUGUAUAAAUGGGUAAUGUACAUGUUGAGGUUCAGAGUGUAUAACUGGGUAAUGUACAUGUUGAGGUUCAGAGUGUAUAUCUGGGUAAUGUACAUGUUGAGGUUCAGAGUGUAUAACUGGGUAAUGUACAUGUUGAGGUCCAGAGUGUAUAACUGGGUACUGUACAUGUUGAGGUUCAGAGUGUAUAACUGGGUAAUGUACAUGUUGAGGUUCAGAGUGUAUAACUGGGUAAUGUACAUGUUGAGGUCCAGAGUGUAUAACUGGGUAAUGUACAUGUUGAGGUGUAAGCAUCUUUCACAUUUCACAGGUGUUAGCAUCUUUCACAUUUCACAGGUGUAAGCAUCUUUCACAUUUCACAGGUGUAAGCAUCUUUCACAUUUCACAGGUGUUAGCAUCUUUCACAUUUCACAGGUGUAAGCAUCUUUCACAUUUCACAGGUGUUAGCAUCUCACGUUUCACAGGUGUUAGCAUCUUUCACAUUUCACAAGAGGAGGGGACAUUUGGUCCAUAUUCUUGCCUGUAAAGAGAGGGUGGAGCUCUUUGUUCCGGUUCAUUCCAUCUCUUCUCUUAAAGCCCAUGUAGUUGUUGAAAGUGUAUUUUUAAAUCAUCAUCAUUGUACGGCUAAUAAAUCACUG